AUGUCUCACAAGGAACACCACUUAUCUCCACACGGACAACCCGCACCCGCAUCUCCGGCAGAAUAUGGGGUAGCUCUGCCAGCAGACCAGGUAUCGCAGGCCACAUCGGCGGCACCCAGAAGGAUAAGGGCGGAUUCGGUGAAGACGACGGCCGGCAAGACAAUGUCGGGUCUCGACGAGCUCACAUUUACGGAGCGAUGGGCCAUCGACGCUUCGAAUUCGCAAUUCAAUGCGCUGGCUGGCGCAAUAGGGGGCUUCACAUCAGGCGUUGUAACAUGUCCAUUGGACGUUAUAAAGACCAAGCUCCAGGCGCAGGGAGGUUUCGCAGUCCCGGGAGCAGAGAAUUCCCGGCCGACGAGGGUGUAUAAGGGCUUAGUUGGCACAGCAAGCGUAAUAUGGAAGGAAGAGGGUAUCAGGGGCUUGUACAGGGGUUUGGGUCCUAUCAUAAUGGGCUACCUACCAACCUGGGCUGUGUGGUUCACAGUUUACAACAAGAGCAAGGAGGCCGUAGGCCAGUACCAAAAAAAUGUUCUAAUAGUCAAUUUCUGGUCCUCCAUCAUCGCCGGGGCCAGCAGCACCAUCGUCACCAACCCGAUAUGGGUCAUAAAAACGCGUCUCAUGUCUCAAACAGCCAGUCACGACAGGGCCGGCUUCUCCCUAGGCCCCAGGAGUCCCAACACACCGACGUCACGCCCAACGCUCCACCAACCAUGGCACUAUAGGUCCUCGUGGGAUGCCGCCCGCAAGAUGUACAGCACAGAAGGCAUCCUCUCCUUUUACUCCGGGCUCACGCCGGCGCUCCUCGGCCUGACCCACGUUGCUGUCCACAUUCCGACAUAUGAGUAUCUCCGGAUGAAGUUUACGGGCCGGGCCAUGGGAGCUGCGCGGCAAGAAGGCCAGGACGACAAGGAGCAUUGGUUCGGCAUCCUCUCGGCGUCAAUAUUGUCCAAAAUCGUCGCCAGCAGCGCGACAUAUCCGCACGAAGUCAUCCGCACAAGGCUGCAAACGCAGCGGCGGCCGACGCCGGGCCGCGAGUACAUGGAGGGCCUGGGGGGCGUGGCCGCGCAAGGGGCUGGAAACGGGGACGCGCAGCAGCAGCGACCAGCAGGGCCCAAGUACAAGGGCAUCGUCUCGACCUUCCGCACCAUGCUGCGCGAGGAAGGGUGGAGGGCCUUCUACGCCGGCAUGGGCACCAACAUGAUGCGCGCCGUGCCUGCCGCCACGGUCACGAUGCUCACGUACGAGUCGGUCAUGAGCCACCUCAACCAGGCGCGCGCCAGCGGAAAGCAUAAGCUGCAUGAUUUUGGACGGCCCGAGUUCUCGGGUUCAUAA